UCGGUUUCGGAAUUGAAUCCUAGCACGGAAUCGGAAUCGGAUAGGUUCGAUUCCGAGCUCCCACCACAAGUCAGAAUCGAUCGGUCCGUUUUCAUCGAUUUCCAAUAGCUCCUUCUGUUGCGGACUAACCUUGUGUUUUGUUUUGUUUGCCACAUCAAACGAGCACUUGGCUCGGAUCCUGGCGCCCACACCAGUGUGCCGCUGGCAAUGCAACAAACGGCAUCGAAAGGCACGGUCCAGAGCCCGGUCUGUCUGGUGCAGGGCCGGGCACGGAUCGUGGACGAUGCUGCCCCGCUCCACUACGUGGGCCACUGGGACGGCCUGGGGCGGGCGACGCUAUCGAACAACGGUCAGUCCGCCGUGCUAACGCUGAGCGAGCGUCCCUUUCGGCCGUUCCUGGUCGGCGGCCCGCUCGGCAGCGCGUACCUGUUCGAGCAGCUCCACUUCCACUGGGGUCCGGACGAUGCGGCCGGCUGCGAGCAUCUGCUCGACGGUCGGGCCCACUCGAUGGAGGCCCACCUCGUCCACUACAACGCCCGGUACGGCAGCUUCGGCGCGGCGCUGGCCCAUCCGGACGGGCUGGCGGUGGUGGCGCUGUGGCUCGAUGGCGGGGGUAGCGCCGUGUGGCGCCCGCUGCAGCCAAUCGUGCGCGCGCUGCGCCACAUCCGCCGGCCGGGCACGCGGACCACCGCCCUACCCGCCGACUGUUUGCGCUGGCUGGCCGCCGGGCUGGAGCUCGGGCGGCAUUACUACACGUACGACGGGUCGAUGACGACGGCCCCGUACCGGGAGUGCGUCCGCUGGCUCAUCUACCGCACGCCGGUCUACGUUUCCCCCCGGCAGACUGCCGCCUUUCGCCGGCUGCUGCGCCGCUGCCCGGCCCGACCCGGCGGCAGUCGUUUCGCUCCGAUCACCAGCAAUUUCCGCCCGGUCCAGCGAUCGGCCGCCGGCGACGACCCGCUCGGCUUGGUCUUUGUGCGGGACAGUGUGGGCGCGGCCCGGCGCGCCAAACUUUAGUUCGCAGCAGGUGUAUCAAUUGGCAAGGUUUGUACGUUUUG